UACCAAAGAAAAAAAAAAAGAGAGAGAAGUUAAGCGUGAUUCAUACAUGUUUCAGAGACAAUGGAACACUGGUUAUGCACACUCCUCUGUUCCCUCUUUGUCGUCUUCUUCCUCAACUCUCUCUCCGCUCUAUUCUUCUCCGGUAAACCCAACAAGAGGUUGCCGCCGGGGCCCUUUACCGUUCCGUUGAUCGAAAACAUCCCAUGGCUGCGACGCUCCUUCAACCUGGAACCCAUUCUCCGGGACCUCAAAGCCAAGUACGGUCCUAUCAUCACCCACCGACCCGGCGCUCGCCCGGAGAUAUUCAUCGCCAACCAUUCUCUCGCUCAUCAAGCUCUUGUCCAGAACGGCGCCGUUUUCUCCGAUCGGCCGAGGUCGGUGCCUGUGAUUAGGCUGCUCAGUAGUAAUCAGCGUAAUAUCAGCUCCGCCGCUUACGGCCCUACCUGGCGCCUUCUCCGCCGGAAUCUUACGUCGGAGAUUCUCCACCCUUCCCGGAUUAAGUCUUACUCGAACGCCCGGCAAUGGGUUCUCGGAGUUCUUGUCAGAAAACUCCAAAACGACAGCUCUGAGUCGGGCGUUAAGGUAAUUGAUCAUUUCCAGUACGCCAUGUUCUGCUUGCUGGUGUUGAUGUGCUUUGGAGAAAAGCUGGAAGAACAGCAGAUUAGACAAAUCGAGGAGUCACUGAGAAAAAUCGUUCUCUGUUAUUCCAGAUUCAAUAUCCUAAAUUCCUGGCCUACAAUCGGGAAGGUUCUGUUCUGGAAUCGCUGGAAAGAAUUGAAAGAGCUAGCCCGUGAUCGUGAAAACACUCUAACCCCUUUCAUCAAAGCUCGAAUCGAGGCCAAAGAACGAGCAAUUGGGGAGAGAAAAAACGAAGAUGAUUCUGCUCUGUUUGGGUUGGCUUAUGUAGACACACCGAUAAAACUAGAGUUGCCGGAGGAGAAACGGAAGCUGAGCUAUGGCGAAAUGGCGACCCUAUGUGGGGAAUUUCUCAACGCCGGCACGGAUACAACCUCCACUGCGCUGCAAUGGAUCAUGGCGAAUUUAGUGAAGCACCCAUCUAUUCAAGCAAAACUCUAUGAGGAAAUCCUGGGAGUAAUCGAAACACCUGAGGAGGAGGGCGUGAAAGAGGAGGAUUUGCAGAGAAUGCCAUACUUAAAAGCGGUGGUUUUGGAAGGGCUGAGACGCCACCCUCCCGUCCAUUUUCUGCAGCCACAUUUGGUAACAGAGGAAGUUGAACUGGAAGGCUAUGUGAUCCCCAAGAAUUCAGUGAUUAAUUUCGCGGUGGCUGAACUGGGACGGGAUCCAACGGUUUGGGAGGAUCCAAUGGAGUUUAAGCCCGAGAGAUUCUUGUCUGGAGAAGCGCUUGAUCUAAGUGGAAACAGAGAAAUCAAAAUGAUGCCUUUUGGUGCAGGGAGGAGAAUUUGUCCAGGCUUGGCUUUGUCUGUGCUGCAUUUAGAGUAUUUUGUGGCUAAUCUAGUUUGGUUCUUGGAAUGGAAGGGUGUUGAAGGAGAUGAUGUUGAUCUUGCAGAGAAGCUAGUGUUCUCCACUGUCAUGAAACAUCCUCUCCGCGCCCAUCUCUACCCGCGAAAAUAAAACUCAUUUCAAGCUGGUAAUUCUGCUGAUUAAGUUAUCAUCAAACUCAUUCUCAAAAAAAAACAAAACAAAACAAAAACAAAAAAAGUUAUCAUCAACUCUUGUUUUUCUCUGUAGAUGCUUUUGUUUUUCUCUGCAGAUCCAAUGGAUGGCUGCUGAUUAAAGUUGCUAGUUUCAACACGUGCAUUUUUUAUUUGGGGAAGCUCGCCGUCCCUACUAAAAAAUGCAUUAAUAAAUUAGACUAAGUUAUUCGUAGCCGUCUGGCUCAAAAUUGGAACCUCAUGUUACCAAUGCAAUUGUCUGAUUGAACUUAGAUAAGUUUAAUUCUUGUU